AGGCACGAAUGUCGAGAGCAGCAGGAGGACCAGCAUAUUUGUCGUAAUUUUUUCUGGUUUCGUCCUUGUUUUUCCCAACGUUUUUCAUGUGAGACAAGUAUCGAGAAAUCAUGCAAGCAGGAAGAGCUAACCUGACCUGACCACUUUGAGUAACGAGUAUGCGGAUAGCAUCACUAGGGAACACUGAGUCCAAAGCAGAUCAGUCUGACCAGGUCCAGCCCAAACGUGUGAGGAAACGGCGUCAUCUUAGGUCCAGCCCACCUUACAACAGCAGUACCGCCAGCAGUAACAACUACCAGUCAACCAGCACUGUACAGGAUGAUGCACUGAUUCCCUUCAUAGACUGCUCUGCAGCAGAGGCACUCGGUCAGGUUGUGACAAGUUCCAUGUUGGGACCUGGAUGCAAUAGUAGAACUUAUACUACGUCCACUUUGUCCUCACUAGCGUCCACAUCCUCCGUGACAAAUCUGAACUAUUGCAGAUCGCCAACUGCUUUGUUACAGCAGAACUCACCGGUAGACAGAACUCAUUCACCCGGAUACGAUCUCAGGGAGACUUCAGCCAGGCGAAGAAGUUACCAAGAGUUUACAGAGAGCAGUGGUCAGCCAAUGCCGCAUCACCCCCCUGUGUGCAUCCAGGAAAAUCAACCACAAGAGCGAGGAAGAAAGGUAAGACUUCACCUCUCAGCCUCACUAUCACAGCAUUCUCAGCCUCACUAUGACAGUGUUCUCCUUGAACAGCUAGUUGAAACAGUUUCAUUGUACGGACCAGUCAAAGUUCUCUUCAAGUGCUCCGGCUGGCUAGUUUAUACAAAAUAUGACCUGGUGAAAAAGUCGGCUAACCAGUUGAUGUUUAAUAAAUCAAGGUUUCUUGCUGAGCUUGGGAUGUGA